ACAGGAAAUGACAAAGCUCCCUCCUGGACACUGGUCACAAGCCAUGCCUUCGAUGCCGCAUGGAGGCUGGCGGUGGGGGCCUUGAUGCUGGCCACCUCCCUCCUGCUGGCUGCCCUCUGCCGCUUCCAAAGACUAUACCUACACUUCAGGCACCGGCUGAAAUGGUGGAUGGGAUAUCUGCAGAGAAAGUUCAAAAAGAACCUCAGCGUGGGGGCCGAAGUUGAUGUGCUCAGCUACUGUGCGCGAGAGUGGAGGGGAGAGACGCCCGAUGUCAAGCUCCUCAGGAAGGCGUACGAGGAGCUGGCUGGGAGGCUUCGCGUUCAGUGCGUCCGGCCGGUGAAGAGAGAUCACUACGCGGCCCUCCGAGCGGUGUUAUUCCAGAUCUUCAGCCAGGGCCUCCCGCUCCCGGCCUGGAUGAAAGAGAAGGACGUUGUGAAGCUCCCCGAGAAGCUGCUCUUCUCCCAAGGCUGUAACUGGAUCCAGCAGUACAGUUUUGGUCCUGAGAAAUACACAGGUUCCAACGUGUUCGGAAAGUUACGCAAAUGUGUGGAGCUAUUAAAAACUCAGUGGACCGAAUUCAGCAGCGUGAAGGACCAGCACAAGAGAGGGAGUAAGUGCAACAUGCUGUUUUCCGACGCGAUCCUGGAAUACCGCCUGUACGAAGCGUUGAAGUUCAUCAUGUUGUAUCAAGUCACGGAAGUGUACGAGCAGCUGAAGGCCAAGAAAGCCGUCCCCAGCCUCUUCAGCCUGCUCUUCUGCAGGGACACCUCCCCCGACCCCCUGAGCUUCAUGAUGAACCACCUGAACUUGGUCGGGGACACGUGUGGUCUGGAGCGGAUUGAUAUGUUUAUACUCAGCUACUCCCUGGAAGUCAAGAUCAAAGUGCUCAGACUGUUCAAGUUCAACUCCAGGGACUUCGAAGUCUGCUACCCAGAGAAGCCCCUCCGAGAGUGGCCGGAGAUCUCGCUGCUGACUGAGAAUGACCAGCACUAUCUCAUCCCCGUCUUCUAAACCGGGCCUGAUGGGCGCAGGCUCGGCCCAGGGACAGUGGCCGCCCUCGCACGCACAGUUCCUUCUUCCAACCCAAAGCUGGUGCUGCAGCCGCUGACCCGACUGGACAGGGAUGCCUCUGUGGCCACUCCUAAGUACUCGGGGCUGGAGCCCCACAGGUGGGCUGGCUCUGCCGUGUCCGCAGUGACUUUCUACGUGCUGCUGCAUGGUUGACCUUGGUCAGAGGACUCCUUGGUCACGUCCCAUGAAGGCCAGCCGUCGGGAGCAGAAAGAGCAGCAGCAGCAGGAGGUGGGGAAGAAGGAGAAGAAAACACGUCAAGAAAAGCAAUUGAGGCUCUGAAAAAGAAAGAGUCCCCUUGUGUCCACCCCUUGUCAUCUUUGGUUGGACUCGCCGCUUUGACUCACCCAGGGACAGCCAGCCUGGCUGAUCUUCCCAGGAGUCUCUAUGGCCCACAGACAUUCCCAAAGUGCUCCUUGAACUUGACAUCUCUGCGCGUGUGUAUGUGAAGUCUCGUGUGUGUGUGUGUGUGUGUGUGUGUGUGUGUGUAUCUACACACAUGACGUGUGCGCAGGGCUCCCCCGUCAGAAUCACCUGCAGAAGUGCAGGUAGCCCACGUGGUGAGUCGCAGAGCAGCAGGAGGAAACGAGCAGGGGCUGGCUGACUCAGAGGUCCACAUGUAUAGUUUCUGUGUACACACAUGCACCCCCCACCCAACCACGACUUAGUCGUGUUGGACAGGCUUGUUGGACAGCUCUUUCUCUCUGUCAUCGUCCUCAUGACUGUCGCCUCUGGCCACCCACUUUGUAUCGCUGCGGAAGAUAAAUCCUGCCAAGGAAGGCAAGUCCAGGACAGUUAUUGGACUUUCCCCCAUACGGCACCGUGGUGUAUUUGAUGGGUGUUGCGGGGGGACGUGAACACGGGACCUCGUUGGGGUGGGAGGAAUGAUACCCCUCCCCCACCACACACAGAUGCUGUGUCCUCAUCCUCACAACGCACGCGCACAGCCAGUUACCAGCAAAGGGGGAUAAAAACUGCGCGUGGAAUUCAGGUCAUCAGCUGACCUUGAACAAGGGAGGUUGCCUGGGUUGUCCAGCUGGGCCCAGUGUCAUCACGGGGGGGAGGUACAAGUAGAAGAGGGCUGGAGAAAGAAGGGGGGAUGGGAAACGCCCAAGGACAUAAGAGGCUGAGCUGCUGGCUGUGAAACAGGAGAGAGGGGUGGCCAGGAGCCGAGGGACACAGGCGGCUUCUGGAAGCUGGGUCAGGAAAGCAGCAGAUCAAUGGCCCUGGGGCCUCCAGAAAGGACGUGACCCCGCGACACCGUGACGUGUGCGCAGGGCUCCCCCGUCAGAAUCACCUGCAGAAGUGCAGGUAGCCCAUGUGGUGAGUCACAGAGCAGCAGGAGGAAACGAGCAGGGCCUGGCUGACUCAUCUUGGUGGUUGUGGUUACCUGUUGGGCUGCAAUCCACAUGGUCUUUGGUUCGAAACCACCAACAGCUCCGAGGGGGAAAGACUGCGCUGUCUACUCCAGAGCUCCUGUAAAUGGCGACAGUCUUGGGAAAGCCACAGGGGGUCGCUCGCGAGUCUGCCUUGACUCUGUGGCCAGGCGUGUGCUUUCAUGUUGGGCUCAACUUUAACGAAUCAUUAUUUUGGAAGUACCUUGCUGGUCUACUUUGAAUUUCAAUAAAUACAAAAGAAUUAUGAAAAU